AUGCAGUCUUACGCAGCGGAGCAGAAACUGCCUGAGGACAGCAUCGUGCCGGUGCCAGCAGAGGAACGUCUCGAGACUCGGUGGUACCAGUUGUUUUUCGUUUGGUUCUCCUCUUGCAUGAAUCUCUUGUCAUUCAGCACUGGCACUGCUGGCCCUGCAUUUUUUUCCAUGGGAGUUCGCGACUCCUUAGCUAUUAUCAUCGUCGUUAACCUAGUUGCUGUUUUCGGGCCAAAGCUUGGCAUGCGAGCCAUGGUGCAAGCAAGGUUCUCAUGGGGAUAUUUCGGUGCCAUCAUACCGGCCGUCUUGAAUGCUUUCUCCUUGGAAGGCUUCCUUAUUCUGAACUGCAUUAUUGGCGGACAAACGAUAGCUAGCUUGUCUUCUCAACUUAAUGAUACUCUUGGUAUCGUUAUCCUUGGUAUCGUAUCUCUUAUAGUCACUUUCUGUGGAUACCGCGUUAUCCAUUGGUACGAAAGUGUUGCCUGGAUCCCGAAUGUAAUUGCUUUUAUCGCCAUGCUGGCUGUCGGUUAUCCACAACUACACGAAAACCUAUCGGCCCCUGUCCCUCCAGCAACACCUGCUAAUGUCAUAUCUUUUGCAUCCUUUCUAGCAUCUAACAUUAUCGGCUGGUGUCCAAUGAUCUCUGACUAUGGCAUAUACCAUAGCCCUGAUGCUUCUUCUGCCAGAAUUUUUAUCUACACAUAUCUUGGGUUCUUCGUGUCUAAUGUGACUGGUCAGGCUCUGGGUGCAGCAUUCGCAGCAGCAGCUCCGAGCGUGCCUGCUUGGAAUGCAGGAUUCGAUGACAGCUCUUCCGUCGGUGGUUUGUUACACAGCGUCUUGUUACCUACAGGUGCAUUUGGAAAAAUCCUGACUGCUUUGGUCGCUCUCAGCAUAUCCAGUGCCUGUGCACCAACGAUGUAUACGUUCAGCACCAGUUUCAUGGCUAUUGCUACGUGGUUUUCUACGGUGCCCAGAUGGGUAUUUGUCCUCAUCUCGGAAGGAAUCCUGAUACCAGUGGCCAUUAUUGGUGCCAAAAGGUUUUACGCUACCUUUGUCGACAUCCUUAACAUCGUUGGAUAUUGGUCAUCAAUAUUCUGUGCGAUAAUACUCACAGAGCAUAUGUUAUUCCGACGAGCCUCAUUUUCCGACGAUCAAUAUCCCAUCUCGACUUGGGCUUCAUAUGCUCUCUUGCCUAGCAGUAUUCCCGCAGUAGUGGCCUUCGUGUGCGCGGCUGGAGCUCUUGUUCCAUUCAUGUCACAGGCUUGGUAUGUAGGACCAGUAGCGAGGCAGGGCAGUGGAGACGUUGGUGUGUUCGUAGGGUUUGUGGUGGGAGCUAUCGUCUAUGCGUUGGCGAGAAGUUUCGAGAAAAUACUGUACAGAAAGAUGUACUAG